UCCUUGAGUAAUCCUCUGCUUUUCUUGAUUAGUCCAUUAAUUAUAUAUAGUUGUUGUAAAUUAAAUGUCUCCUAUGAUUCAAAUGCCAUAAUUAUCAACGGUGAACGUCGCAUUAUCUUCUCAGGUUCAAUUCAUUAUCCGCGCAGCACAGAAGAGAUGUGGCCUGAUCUUAUUCAAAAGGCUAAAGAUGGUGGACUUGAUGCAAUUGAGACAUACAUUUUUUGGGAUCGCCAUGAGCCUCAUCGACGAAAAUACGAUUUCUCUGGACAUCUAAAUUUUAUCAAAUAUUUUCAGCUUAUCCAAGAGGCUGGACUUUAUGUAGUUAUGAGAAUCGGUCCCUAUGUGUGUGCUGAAUGGAACUACGGAGGCUUUCCACUAUGGUUGCACAAUAUGCCUGGAAUCCAACUACGUACAAAUAAUCAAGUCUACAAGAAUGAAAUGCAGACUUUCACGACAAAAAUAGUUAAUAUGUGUAAACAAGCCAACCUCUUUGCAUCACAAGGAGGACCAAUAAUAUUAGCUCAAAUUGAGAAUGAGUAUGGAAAUGUGAUGACACCGUAUGGAGAAGCAGGAAAAACAUACAUCAAUUGGUGCGCUCAAAUGGCUGAAUCUCUAAAUAUUGGCAUUCCAUGGAUCAUGUGCCAACAAAGCGAUGCACCACAACCUAUCAUCAACACAUGUAAUGGAUUCUACUGUGAUAACUUUACUCCUAAUAAUCCUAACAGCCCAAAAAUGUUUACUGAAAAUUGGGUAGGAUGGUUUAAGAAAUGGGGUGACAAAGACCCUCAUAGAACUGCAGAAGAUGUGGCAUUUUCGGUGGCAAGAUUUUUUCAAUCCGGUGGCAUACUUAACAAUUAUUACAUGUAUCAUGGAGGCACCAACUUUGGAAGAACAUCAGGAGGUCCAUUUAUCACUACGUCCUAUGAUUAUGAUGCCCCACUUGAUGAAUAUGGAAACUUGAAUCAACCGAAAUGGGGACAUCUUAAACAACUUCAUGCAUCAAUCAAAUUGGGAGAGAAGAUUCUCACUAACAGCACCCGCUCAGACCAGGACUUUGGUAGCUCUGUAACAUUUACGAAAUUCUCUAACUUAGAAACUGGAGAGAAAUUCUGUUUUUUGAGUAAUGCUGAUGAAAACAAUGAUGCUAUUGUAGACAUGUUGGGGGAUAGAAAAUAUUUUUUACCAGCUUGGUCUGUGAGCAUUCUUGAUGGUUGCAACAAAGAGAUUUUCAACACUGCAAAGGUUAGUUCUCAAACAUCUCUAUUUUUUAAGAAGCAAAAUGAGAAGGAAAAUGCAAAACUCUCCUGGAAUUGGGCUUCAGAGCCCAUGAGAGACACUCUACAAGGAUAUGGCACAUUUAAGGCAAACCUUCUUUUGGAACAAAAAGGGGCUACUAUUGAUUCCAGCGACUACUUGUGGUAUAUGACAAAUGUUAACUCCAAUACGACAUCUUCACUUCAAAAUUUGACGCUCCAAGUGAAUACAAAAGGUCACGUGCUUCAUGCUUUCAUAAAUAGAAGAUACAUUGGAUCACAAUGGGGGAGCAAUGGACAAAGUUUUGUGUUUGAGAAACCUAUUCAAUUGAAAUUAGGAACCAAUACUAUAACCCUUUUGAGUGCCACAGUCGGACUAAAGAAUUAUGAUGCAUUUUAUGACACAGUGCCAACAGGAAUUGAUGGAGGUCCUAUUUAUUUAAUUGGUGAUGGAAAUGUUACAACUGAUUUGUCAUCAAAUUUAUGGUCUUAUAAGGUUGGAUUAAAUGGAGAAAGAAAGCAACUUUAUAACCCAAUGUUCUCAAAUAGAACGAAAUGGAGCACACUAAAUAAAAAAUCUAUUGGAAGAAGAAUGACAUGGUUUAAAGCUACCUUUAAAACCCCUUCAGGAACUGACCCAGUAGUAUUGGACAUGCAAGGAAUGGGAAAAGGUCAAGCUUGGGUAAAUGGACGAAGCAUAGGGCGAUUUUGGCCUUCUUUCAUUGCUAGUAACGAUAGUUGCAGUGAAACUUGUGACUACAAAGGUUCAUAUAACCCUAACAAAUGUGUUAGAAACUGUGGAAAUUCCUCUCAAAGAUGGUAUCACAUUCCACGAUCGUUUAUGAAUGAUAGCAUAAACACAUUAAUUUUAUUUGAAGAAAUUGGAGGAAAUCCCCAAAUGGUGUCAGUUCAAACCAUCACUAUUGGAACUAUAUGUGGAAAUGCUAAUGAAGGAAGCACCUUAGAGUUAUCAUGCCAAGGAGGGCAUGUCAUCUCCGAAAUCCAAUUUGCUAGCUAUGGACAUCCAGAAGGAAAAUGUGGUUCAUUUCAGUCAGGCUUGUGGGAUGUGACAAAGAGUACUACUAUAAUAGUGGAAAAGGCUUGCAUUGGUAUGAAAAAUUGUUCAAUUGAUAUAUCUCCAAAUUUAUUCAAAUUGAGCAAGGUUGCAUACCCAUAUGCAAAAUUGGCCGUUCAAGCACUUUGUUCACAUGAUUGA